UGUUUGUUUUUGACGCAGUCGGCUGGCUGAGGUCAGCAGGUUUUCUCUUUGUGGGAAACUCAGACCACCUUUAAAAGGAAUUUGUAGGCCUGUCAAUAAUUGGUUCACUCUUUUCCUCAAAAAAAACAUAUUAAAAUGCUUUUUGAAAACAUUUUAAUAGAUUAAAAUGGUGACAUGGGAUCUAAAAACAGUGGACUUCUUUAGUGUGAUUUAUGUAAAGAAUUGAGAGCUGACGGCAGAGAAACCCCAAAAAAAUAAAAAAAAACUCGGAGAGCUCCUCCCUUCUCAUCCUUCUGUUAUACGGUAGCGGACGGUGUUUUCAUGCAUUAAACUCAUGUACCGGCAAUGUUAAAGGAUCAUAUAAAAAUGCUCCGGUAAGACUUUAAUAACUUAAACACACUUUAUUUGUAGGAAUAAUGUAGAACGAUGCAUGCUAUGAUGAGUAGUGAUUUUAUAUUCCUGAUUUUUUUUUUACUAAUUUACUUUUUUUUCAUUUAAAUGUUGACAUGUGCAUUUGAAUGCGUAGGAGACAGUGUCUGCUCGUGUCUGCAUAGCUGCACAUUUUGCUGUGUUUUCUUCUGAUCCUUGCAGUGCUGUGGAGACACACCGUACGGCUCGGCACAACGUGGACUUCUCUGUUGUCACAACGUCUUGUACGAAGACAGAGAGGACGGAGAGGAAUGCUCAGACGCAGGUAUUCCUUACAACCCAGCCGAAGGGACGAUGUGUUGUUCUCGGUUUCGUGCCUCUCCUGGACGGCACUGCUGUGGGGCAGAAGUGUACCGGCCUCAUGAAGAGAUCUGCUGCGGUGGACACAGAUAUCCCAAAAGAGAAGACCUUGUGUGCUGUGGGGUUAAAGCGUACAACGUUAAAGAUCCAAAGAUGAAGUGUUGCGCAGGAACGCUCUACGACCUGACGCAUCUGGGAACCCACGGACGUGAUGCAAAGUGCUGCGGAUCCGUUCUGCAAAACCCACAGAACCAGGACGUUUGCUGCUCAAGUGAGGACGAAGCGGUGCUUUACUCCAGAAAUGAGGGAUUUGGAUGCUGUGGUCACCUAUAUUUCAGCUCGUCUCUGUGGUCGUGCUGCGCAGGGAUGCUGAGGCCAAGACACAAGCAGCAGAGCGAGAUGAAUGAAUGCAGUCUUCUGUCCGUGAACAACAUGAAUGAUGAAGAACUUUGCCAACAAAUCUACAUCGGAAUUGUGGAAAGUGUGUCUCUGAACAGCAUUUUGUUCACAAAUGUGCUGAAACUCAAAGGAAGACGUGGUAAAGUCCAACCUGUGGCCGUCCCCCGCAUGCUGACGACACCCAAUCGCUGCAACACCACGAAACUGACUGUUGGGAAGUUUUACUUCUUUGAUGAUGUCGGUGUUUUCGCUGAUUUCAACCAUGACACUGAGCUCCAGGCACUGUUUUUCUUAUUCAUCAAAUGCUCUCCGUAGGUCACCACUGCUUGAUCUGCUCCUGUGUUCAUUGUCAGUGUUAUUCAGUAAUUCAUUACUUUGAACAAAUAUUCAAUCACAUUUACACACUUACUUAUUACACUGCAAAAAAAAAAAAGUUACAUUAAUAUAUUACUAUUGCUGCAUCAUUAUCAGGGACAUUACAUGGAAAAUAAAUAUCAGUGCCUGUUCAACUGCUACCUGUUCAGGCCCGUUGCAUAACCUCCAGUAUUGCUGCAGGCAGCUUUCUCAAUACCAACAAGCAACCACUCGUCCAAACAGUUAUCAAAACAGUCCAAAGCAAUAAAACUCAAACGAGCUGACACCUCAUUAGAUAUGACCAACCACCAGAGAGAGAGACACCAGCUCUACAUUGCUCUGAGCAUUGUUUAGUCUUUGUACUUGAUAAAUCUCUUUUUUUUUAUUACCUUAACCUCUGAUUUUAUGAAAUAUUCUAAAGAUAACUUAUUAGAUUUUUAGAACAACUAUUUUGCCCCAAAUUAAUAUAAAGAAGUGUCAAUAAUUGUUUUUUUUUUUUUUUAACAUUUUAUUCAAACAUAUAAUUAUCAUGUCACUGCUGUGUUAUUAUGCUAAUGAUAAUAAUAACAGCUGUUCUGGUGCAAUAAGCCAUUUCCAGUUUGCAGUGUCUACAGAGCACCACGCUGGUGGUUCUAAAAUGCUCCCACACAUAAGACGAUUGUGGACGAGGACUUCCUAGAUGCAGCUUGUUGUCCAGGCUUUGGUCAGGUGCAGCCAUCCUUGCAACACGUCGUCGUCACUGUUGUUGACGAUGGCGUUACGUCGGUUAAUUGCGCCGGCUCUACCGCAGACUGUCCUUUAAUGGGUUUUUUAAAAAAGUUUUAUUUCUUUAGAACUGCUCAUCCAAAUCACUUCAAACACCACACUGCACUUCUUCAGGUCCCUAGAAAAUACACUGCCAAGUUUGAAGUACGUUGGAUGAACAGUUGUCUGGAAAAGCAAAGCACAGACACACACACACACACACACACACACACACAGUCAUUUCUUCAUUUGUUUAGUAAGCUGUUACUCUGUCCAUCUCAUCUUCUCUGCCAGUGAGGUGACUGAUGGACAUCUGGUCUUGAUGUUUGGAACCCAGCAGAACUUUUCCAAUGAGUUUCAAAUCUGAAACAAUCACACAACUUGUCACUAAAGACAGUAAUCGGUGCUGUAACACGGUCCACACGGUGCAAGGGGACAUAUUCAUUUGUGCGUCGUCGUUCUGAUCCAUGUGAAUGCUGGUAGCAAUAGUAACCAAAGUCUGGUAAAAGCUGUGCUGCUCUCUGCAAACUAAUCUGUCCAAGCUCGUGUUGGUUUGGUGUGAAGAAGAAGCUGUCGUUGUAGCAGGUAGCCAGAAUAUAGCUUUGUGUUCACAUAAGCUCAACUGCUGGCAGCUCAUUCUGUUUGUUUUUGAAAUACUGGAAGAAAUAUUUCUGUGUGCUAUGUUCAGUUUUGCAUAUAAUAUAUGGCAAGUGUUUGCACAUCACAUAAACUGAAUGUUUACAUGUACAUGAUGAACAUUUAUGAGUGAAAGAUUGACUCAUGAUAUCCUGAUUGAUAAAGCGAGUGAUGUAAAUGAGAAGCACUGCAUCAAAAGAUAUGAGGGACACCAGUAUGCGACCCGCAGGUUUGAUGCCUUGGAUUGACGUGACUGUAGGCAAAGUUGUGUUCCAUGUAAUGUGAUUUCUGUACUGUAACAUGUCGCAGUGGAAAUGGUGGUUGCUUUGCAUUUCUGUACUGUGUAUGUAAAUGACAUAAAUUUAAGCUAAACGGGACAGAAAGCGUUUUACUGCAUACAUAACUAUGCUUGCUGACAUUACUGGUAUAGCGCUUUAUAUUGCAUGUUUAUUAUUAAUACAUGACGGGACCUACUGUCGUUUCUUUAAUCGUAAUGUUUCAAAAAGGCAAUAAAAAGAAACACUUGCAUUCAA